GUUAGAAGUGGAUAUUCCUGAAUUGUUGCGUCUACUGAAAAUCGUUGCAGAUGAUGAGUUCGCAAAAAAACGAAACUUAUAGCGGAUUCUUGGCAAAUAUUUCAUUAGUGGUUGCGAAAGUGUCAGUAGCAGUUUAUCUUGUCAAACAGACGCCACCAAGUAUUUCAAGCUAUGAUUUUGUCAGAUUUCUUCAGAAUCAGUAUAUGAGAAGGGAGGACGAAAAAGAAGCACUUAUUAAUUAUUAUUUCUUAAAUGAAAAGCAGCCAAGUGAUCAUUAUUCAAAUUGCGAAAUCAGCUUCAAAAUGGGGACUAAAACAACAGGUGAUAUUUUAGUUUUCUAACUGUACACUUUUACUUUAUUUGUUUUACAGACCUCAGCAUCUAUACAGCUUUUAGUUCAAGUCAGCUAAAGAUGACUAAAUUCAAUCUGCAGAAUAAAAUGAUGCUUUUUACAAAUCAAACAGUUAAUCAGUUGAAAUAUUAUUUACAAGAAAUUUUAUCCUCAUCCUACAAUAUCCUUUUUCAUGCUUUUAAAGCAAAUUGUGAGGAAGGGUUGAUUUCUUCAAGGAAACUGAAUACCUACCUUAGCAUGAAACAAGAUGCAGAAUUUACAUUUCGUUUAUGGAUUAACAAAUCAAUGGAGCUGCUAAACGAAAACCCGGAGAAUCUGAUUCAAUGUCUUGAUCUUUUAAGAAAAUUUGUUAUUUCCAAGGAUUUCUCUGCAGAAACAGAUAGUAGUCUUUGGGAUUCAACAAUACUUGAGCUAAAUUUGAUCCUUUCCAGUUCGUUCAAAGCGCAUCUAAACACACUAUAUCGUACUAGUAUUGUCCAAUUUACCACUGAGUUUAUAGAUGAUGUAUUAAAAAAACUCUGCGAAAAUUUUCAGACAUUAGCUUCAAAUCAUGGAAAAAUGCUGUUUCUUCAAGUUAGCAAGUGUGCCCAUAUAAUAUGGCUCUCCGUGAAUCUUUUAAAAUCUUUUGAUGAUGAUGAUCAAAUUUUUGACAGAACACAAGCCUUUCGGUGGGUACAGAUUUUGGACAGAUGGCUUGAAGCACAAAAACCAUCCACCAAUCGAGCAGAAAGGUUUUCAAUGGUUCAACUUACUGGAUUAAUGUUUACUAUAUUUGUUUUAAAAAAUAAAAUUAUCAGGCUCACUGCAAAAUUUUAAGAGACAAUAAUACCAAAAUACAUAAUGUGCAUUUGAUUGGUUAACUUUGUUAAAUAUUUU